GUUCAGCUCAGUCGUUCGUUCUACUUGCUAUUGUUCGCACACAAUUAAAAAGGAUCUCUCAAUAAUUUCCAAAAAAACGAGUAAUUUCUCAAAUUCAGUAUGCAGAUUUUCGUUAAGACACUCACUGGGAAGACCAUUACCCUCGAGGUCGAGCCUUCUGACACGAUUGAAAAUGUCAAGGCGAAAAUCCAGGACAAGGAGGGGAUUCCACCAGACCAGCAGAGACUGAUUUUUGCUGGAAAACAACUUGAGGAUGGACGGACAUUGUCCGACUACAACAUCCAAAAGGAAUCCACCCUUCAUCUCGUCCUUCGUCUCCGUGGUGGUAUGCAGAUCUUCGUAAAGACACUCACGGGAAAGACCAUCACGCUCGAAGUUGAGCCUUCUGACACAAUUGAAAACGUCAAGGCCAAAAUCCAGGACAAGGAGGGGAUUCCACCAGACCAGCAGCGAUUAAUUUUUGCUGGAAAACAACUUGAGGACGGACGAACAUUGUCCGACUACAACAUCCAAAAGGAAUCCACACUCCAUUUGGUCCUUCGUCUCCGUGGUGGUAUGCAGAUCUUCGUAAAGACACUCACGGGGAAAACCAUCACGCUCGAGGUUGAGCCCUCCGACACUAUCGAAAAUGUCAAGGCUAAAAUUCAGGACAAGGAGGGGAUCCCACCAGACCAGCAGCGAUUAAUUUUUGCUGGAAAACAACUUGAGGACGGGCGAACAUUGUCCGACUACAAUAUCCAAAAGGAAUCUACCCUUCAUCUAGUCCUUCGACUCCGUGGUGGUAUGCAGAUCUUCGUCAAGACACUCACGGGGAAGACCAUCACGCUCGAGGUUGAGCCUUCCGACACAAUCGAAAAUGUCAAGGCGAAAAUCCAGGACAAGGAGGGGAUCCCACCAGACCAGCAACGGCUGAUUUUUGCAGGAAAACAACUCGAGGACGGACGAACCUUGUCCGAUUAUAACAUCCAAAAAGAGUCGACACUCCAUUUGGUCCUUCGUCUGCGUGGAGGAAUGCAGAUUUUUGUUAAGACACUCACGGGGAAGACCAUUACUCUCGAAGUCGAGCCUUCUGACACCAUUGAAAAUGUCAAGGCGAAAAUCCAGGACAAGGAGGGGAUCCCACCAGACCAGCAGCGACUGAUUUUUGCUGGAAAACAACUCGAGGAUGGACGAACAUUGUCCGACUACAACAUCCAAAAAGAAUCCACACUCCAUCUCGUCCUUCGUCUUCGUGGUGGUAUGCAGAUCUUCGUAAAAACACUCACGGGGAAGACCAUUACGCUUGAGGUUGAGCCCUCCGACACAAUCGAAAAUGUCAAGGCAAAAAUCCAGGACAAGGAGGGGAUCCCCCCAGACCAGCAGCGACUGAUUUUUGCUGGAAAGCAACUCGAGGAUGGACGAACAUUGUCCGACUACAACAUCCAAAAGGAAUCCACCCUCCAUCUCGUCCUUCGUCUCCGUGGUGGUAUGCAAAUCUUCGUAAAGACACUCACGGGUAAGACUAUUACCCUCGAAGUCGAGCCCUCUGAUACAAUCGAAAACGUCAAGGCCAAAAUUCAGGACAAGGAGGGGAUCCCACCAGACCAGCAGCGACUGAUUUUUGCUGGAAAGCAACUCGAGGACGGGCGAACCUUGUCCGAUUAUAAUAUCCAAAAAGAGUCAACACUCCAUCUGGUCCUUCGUCUCCGUGGUGGCAUGCAGAUUUUUGUAAAGACUUUGACGGGGAAGACCAUCACGCUCGAAGUUGAGCCUUCUGACACGAUUGAAAAUGUCAAGGCGAAAAUCCAGGACAAGGAGGGGAUUCCACCAGACCAGCAGCGACUGAUUUUUGCUGGGAAACAACUUGAGGACGGACGAACCUUGUCCGACUACAACAUUCAAAAAGAAUCUACACUCCAUCUGGUCCUUCGUCUCCGCGGUGGUCAAUAAUCCUCCUUUAUAACUGUCAAUUUUAUAGUUUUCAUAUGUUGUUGAACGAAUCAAAAUUUUGAUGAAAUUUCGUAUAUCUCAUUCCGUGAUUUAACAUCAUUCUUUCUAAAUUCCGUGUAAAAUUUUAUGCAAACAAUUGGUCUAACAAUCUGAAGUAAAGUACUCAAUUGCAAUAA